CGCCAGUCGGCUGGACGCCAGCCUGCGGUACACCUGAGACAGUGAACGAGACAACGAGAAAGAAACGGAGAGAGAGAGGGGGUUGCCAUGAGGGAGGUGGAUGCACAUGGAGGAGGACGACGUUGCAGCAACAGUACCGGAGCAAGAGCUCGGCUGGAAGAUGAGCUGCCCUCAGGUUGAGUUGGAGGAAAAGGAGCGCUCUUCAUCUGAGGAAUUGGAAUGUAAAAUCUGCUAUCAGCGCUACAAUGCACACAACCGCCGACCCAAACUCCUGGACUGCCUCCAUCGGGUGUGCGCCCGCUGCCUGGUCAAGAUACUCUAUGUUGCUGAUGGCACAGGCUGCAUUUGCUGCCCGUUUUGUCGCCACCAAACCCAGAUUUGCGAGUACGAGGUAUCGGCCCUGCCCGACGAUGCCAAUAUCAUGUCCCGCUUAAGGCCACGCAACAAAUCCUGGAGCUUGGGCCCCAACCAGGAGGUGGUCCUCUCCCCGAAGAGUUUCUUCUCGUCCAACCCGUCCCGCGACUCAUCCAAUUGCCUCUUUAUCACCAUCAUGGACGUGCAGAGGGAGCCGCAGCGCUACCCGAGUCCCAACAGCAGCUCCGACUUGGAGCGCAACGUGGAAUCGCUGUCGGCGGGUUCCAACGGGCAGGCGGACCAGGACUCCCUGACCAAAUUCUGCAACCACAUCCCACGUAUCCUGGUGUGGCUACUGGGCUUCUUGUACUUUGGCUCCCUGCCUCUUGGGAUUUACUUGCUGGUGAUUCAGAGGGUGACUCUUGGCAUCGUGUGUGUCAGUUUGGUGCCGUCCAGUCUCACGGUGUGUCUGGUCUACGGCUUCUGCCAGUGCUUGUGCCAGGGCAUGUGCGAUUGUUCCUCCAGGGGAUGAACGCCGGCCAAACAAAACCGGCAGUGGUAAUAGGGACGGAGACAAAUACCACCCUUCAGUAGAGUUUGUGCAUUUAGAGGCAGGUCGAAGGCGUCCACUCUAAUAGGCUCUCGAUGUAUUCCCACAAAAUAGUUAAAGCAUG